AAAAUAACUCUUUAUCAUUCCAAUCUUUCACUGAGGGAAACGGGGAAGGGAGGUGGCCGAGAAGGACGAUGUCAUCUCUCCGGUUCUUCGCUCCCACCUCUCAAAACCCUAACCCUAAAACCAGUCACCUCGUUUCUUCCUCUAAGAACGCUAUCACCGAAGCGACCAAUUUCCCAUCCUCUUCCUCUUUUUCUCGUUGCACCUCCCAAUUAUCCUCCAAGAACCCCAGCCCCAACCACUGCAAAUCCAUCUGCUCCUCCAAAAGUGCCGCCUAUAACCGUGCCCGCUCUUCUUCUCCGCCGAAGAGCUCCAAUUUUUUGGGGUUCCAGCUCUUCCGGCCGCGGGAGCACCGGAGGCAGGUCGGAUGCGGCAGGGGAGUGGACGACCGGAGCGACGAGAUUGACGCCCCGCCGCUGUUGAACUGGAAGAAUGGCGGCGGUGGAAGCGGGAACGGGGAGGGUGGGGAUGAAGGAGAGGAGGAGGAGGACGAGAAGGAUGAGGAGGAGGAGGAGGAGAAAAGGAAAGGUCUUUUGCCGGAAUGGGUGAGUAUCACCAAGGAGGACGCCAAGACUGUCUUGGGGGCGCUGGCGAUUUCCUUGGCCUUUCGGACGUUCGUAGCCGAGCCGCGGUUCAUUCCUUCUCUUUCGAUGUACCCCACGUUUAAUGUUGGAGAUCGCAUUGUUGCCGAAAAGGUGACAUAUUACUUCAGAAAACCAUGUGUAAAUGACAUAGUUAUCUUCAAAAGUCCACCCGUGUUGCAGGAAGUGGGAUAUACGGAUGAUGAUGUAUUUAUCAAAAGAGUUGUUGCCAAGGAGGGUGAUGUUGUAGAAGUUCAUGAUGGCAAAUUAGUAGUAAAUGGCACAGUAAGAGAUGAAGAUUUUAUUCUUGAGCCGCCAUCUUAUGAGAUGAGCCCAGUUGUCCCAAAAGAAGACUACAGCAUGACUUUAUGCUUUCUUCACAAAUUAUACUGGAAUCUUUCUUGGGCAAGCAUCCAAUGCAAUUCAGAGAGCAGACAUGCUCAAGUGCCUGAAAGCUCUGUAUUUGUCAUGGGCGAUAAUCGCAACAACAGUUACGACUCUCACAUAUGGGGUCCGCUUCCCGCAAAGAACAUAAUUGGCAGAUCAGUGUUCCGGUACUGGCCACCUAAGAGAGUUGGGGGCACAAUUUCCAGUGAGAGUUGUGAAAAUGUGAAGCCUAAUAGCAGCUUAGUGACACAAAAUGCCAAGUAGAAGGCAGAUGUAACUGCUGCAGUCGGAUUAUGAUUUCUACAAGAUUCUUAUGUGCUCAUUCUAUGUAAACCCACACCAAACGUGGUGUCUGUGAGGCACAGAAACCAAUUUUUCCUGUAGGUUUCCACUGUUGUUGCCUCCUUGUAGACUACACAAUUCAUAUAAUGUUGGUAGUUGUACAUGCAAAGGAUACUAUGGUCAUUUA